AUGAAGUCUCAAAUCCCACCCCAAGCAACGUUCUUCUAUCGAGGCAAAUGGAAUCGAGAGAUGGAUACUUAUUUGCUUUCGAUAUUGAUCGGCAUGAGGAACGGCCGGGAUUGGGAGGAUGCCAAUCUGCCAGCCGAAGUGCUGCGCAAUGUUCAAGCACUCAUUAACGCUCCCUUUGGAACGGAUCUCUCGACCGAAGACAUAGCUGUCCGUGUGAUAUAGCUGAAGGGGCGCUACAUAGCCUUUAAGAAAGUGUUGGCCACCACCGGUGCUAAUUGGAAAAUGGAAGACAAGUUCGUGCAUGCUGAUGACUCUACAUGGAAGCUAAUUUUCCAGAGGGAUCCAUCGGCAUGCGCUUACUACCAUCGGGACGAGGUGGAAUUCUGCCUUCUCGCGAGUUUGUUUGGCUUAACCGACAUCAAAGAUGAGUACCCUCGCGAGGUGAUUACACUUUCCGAUACCACUGAGGUCAUCGUGCUAACCGAGACCGUGGAACCCAACGCACCAGUUCGCGUGUGUAUGUAUCAAUCCCCUGCCGAUUCAGAUGAAGUUAACUCACCGAUGCCGGGCCCUUCCACACGAGUACGCCGCAAGCUGUUUGAAGUUGGAGCUCCAUGCUUCGAUGGAACGACAUCUUACAAGCCUCCUAAUCGCUAUAGCCCCGCGAACAAGCAUGUCCUCGCAUCACCCAAAGCUUCAUCGUGCACAUCAUGGAGUCCAUUCCCGGCUUCACGUAAACCAGCCCCGUAGGUUCAUGAUGUUGUGUGUAUGUCGAGGCUCAUAGUGUUUUGGUUGUUGUGCACUUUCGUAUUUGCUAAUAUAUGAAGGAAUUUUAAAAAAUA